AUGUAGAUUUCCACCAACCAAGAACAAAUGAUGGGUCAAUGGAACCUAACUCAUCUCUACCAAAUUACAUUCAUACCAAUUUUCUUAGCUCUCUCCACAACACACCAACUCUCUCUUUCACCAACCUUCAUACACCAUCUAUCAAUCCUCAUCUCUGGUGAUCAAUUUGCAAUUGGGUGUUUGAAUUAAGAUUACUAGUGUUAUGGAGGCUAAAUUUUUGCAAUGUAUUCAACCUUGUAAAUGGAUGGAUACCGAAAAAUUGAUGAGAAAACCCGGUGGGUUUACCCGGGUUUCUCAGAAAACUAUGGAUGAUUCUGGGGUCCAGAUGAUGUUCAUGAAUGUGCAAUCAAAUUGGAGAACUUCAGUUCAUCAUAAACCGCUUCGUUGGCAGAUUUCGAGUUCUUUGAAGAAUUCUCAAGGUUCUUUGCUGGAGUCUGGUGGUAUUUCUGCUUUGCUUGAUGAGUCUUUCGUUUUAAAGAAAAAAUCAGCAGAGGUAGAACCAAUUCUAGAUGGACGUUGUAUUUACCUUGUUGGUAUGAUGGGCUCUGGAAAAACAACUAUUGGCAGAGUUUUGUCAGAAGCACUUAAUUAUUCGUUUUCCGACAGUGACUUAUUGCUGGAGGAGAAAGUUGGGGGAAUGUCUGUUGCAGAAAUCUUCAAGCAACAUGGAGAAGGCUUCUUUAGAGACAAAGAGACCGAGGUUUUAAAGGAACUAUCUAUGAUGCAUCGGCGUGUCAUUUCCACUGGUGGAGGGGUUGUUAUAAGGCCCAUCAAUUGGAAACAUAUGCGAAGCGGUGUCAGUGUUUGGUUAGAUGUACCAGUGGAUUGCUUAGCACGGAGAAUUUCAGCUGUUGGGACCGGCUCUCGUCCUCUAUUGCAUGGUGAAUCAGGGGAUGCUUACUCUAAGGCUUUGACACGCUUGUCCACCCUAUUAGAAGAGAGAGGUGAAGCAUAUGCUAAUGCUAAUGCCCGGGUUUCUUUGGAAUCUAUCGCAUCGAAGCUAGGGAAUGUAAAAGUAGAUAAUCUUAGUCCAGUUGCUAUUGCAAUUGAGGUGCUUGAACAAAUCGAGAGCUUCCUAAAACAAUGAUGAUUUUGCCAUAUCAAACCAACAUAAUAUGUUUCUGUACGAUUGUAUAUGUCUUUUUAGUGUUGUAUCUAUCCGUUCAUUGCAUAGCCAAUAUAGCUAUGGCAUGUUUCAACUGUGGCAUUUUUCCGAGUGUAGUACUAUUUAUUGGUUC